AUGACUGACUACUUGUUUUCAGGCCAUUUUACUUUUCUUUGCGAUCUUGCCUUAAGUAAACCAUCUCCCAAAACUGAGCAAAUAUCAUAUAGAAAACUGAAGGCAAUCAAGAUUGAGGAUUUCAAACAAGAUCUGUCUACCUCUGAGCUUUGUAAUUACAGUCCAGAUUCGCUUAACGAUCUCGUUAAAUGCUAUAACGAUACCUUGUUCCAAGUGCUCGAGAGACAUGCUCCACUUCGAUCCAAAGUUAUACGAUCUCAACCUCUGGUUCCUUGGUUCAAUGAAGAUAUAAAAAAUGCUCGCCGUGAAAAACGGAAAGCAGAAAGAAAAUGGCGACGCUCUGGCAAACACGACGAUAUGUUGUCAUACAAAAAGAUCAAGAAUACAACAAAUCGAUUAAUGAACGAAGCUCGAAGCCAAUACUAUCAUGACUUCAUUAAUGAUAACAGUUCAAACCAAAAAAAGCUCUUUGCAGCUGCGAAUACUCUUUUGAAUCAAAGGAAAAAGAACACUGUGCUACCACCUUGCGAUGAUAAGCUUGAAUUAGCUGAUAGGAUGGGCUCGUACUUUGUUCAAAAAAUCACUGAUAUUGGUACAAGACUCGACGUUAUGGCUCAAGAUCUUUCCACUGACCCGCUUUUAAACUGUACAUUGUCACCAACCCCCAAAUUUAGCAAAUUUACAGCACUUUCUGAACUCGAAAUACGGAAACUUAUCGAAGGUAGCGCAAAGAAAAGCUGUUCUUUUGAUCCGAUGCCCACCUCACUGGUUUUUAGCUGCAUUGAUGUCCUGCUUCCCGUGAUCACAAAAAUGAUAAAUCUAUCCCUCGUGGAUGGUGUGUUUGCUGAUGUCUGGAAAUGUGCACUUGUUAAGCCGUUGCUCAAAAAAGCUGGUCUUGAUCCACUUCUUAGUAACUACAGACCUGUUAGUAAUUUGCCAUACAUAUCGAAGCUCACCGAAAAGGCGGUGUAUAAUCAACUUCAUUUACACAUGAUAGACAAUUCUGUUCAUCCAGAAAUGCAAUCAUCUUACAGAAAAGGACAUAGUACCGAAACAGCGCUUCUACGAGUUGUUAACGAUAUCUUAAUGGAGAUGAAUUCACAAGAGGUCACUCUUCUUGUCAUGUUGGAUCUUAGUGCCGCCUUCGACACUGUUAAUCAUGAUAUACUGAUCAAACGUCUACACGAAGAAUUAG